AUUACUAGAAGGACCGAGCCGACUGCCAAGAGGAAGAGAGAGAGGGAAGAGCAGCAGAAGAGAUGGAUUCUUCGAAGGUUGCAGAACUGAAGCUGUUCGUCAAUAAGUUGAAAUCAAACCCUUCAAUUAUUAACGACCCUUCUUUAGGGUUCUUCAAGAGUUAUCUCCAAAGCCUUGGUGCUCAAAUUCCACAAGGCCCAGAAACUGAUGAAAGUGAUGAUGAAUCAUCCAACCCUGAAGAACAUGCUGAUCCUGAUAGUUUGGAGGAUGAAUUUAUGGAAUCGGAUAUUGAGUUGGAUAAUGCUGAUGUUCUUGAACCCGAUAAUGAUCCUCCACAGCAGAUGGGGGAUCCCUCUGUAGAGGUUACAGAGGAAAAUCGAGAUGCUGCUCAAUUGUCCAAACUGAAGGCUAUGGAUACUAUCUCUGAAGGUAAUCUGGAUGAAGCCAUUGGACAUUUAACAGAAGCAAUCUUGUUGAAUCCUUGUUCUGCCAUCUUAUAUGCAACUAGAGCUAGUGUCUAUGUGAAAAUGAAAAAACCAAAUGCUGCUAUUCGCGAUGCAAAUGCAGCUCUGGAGAUAAAUUCUGAUUCAGCCAAAGGGUACAAAUUCCGAGCAAUGGCAAAGGCCAUGCUGGGCCAAUGGGAAGAGGCGAAAAAGGAUCUUCAUGCAGCCUCGACAUUGGACUAUGAUGAGGAAAUUGGUUCAGCGCUUAAGAAGGUUGAACCUAAUGCGCACAAAAUUGAAGAGCAUCGCAGAAAAUACGAGCGGCUGAGGAAGGAGAGGGAACUAAAGAAAGCAGAAAUUGAACGACAGAGGCGGCGAGCUGAAUCCCAAGCUGCUUCUGAGAGGGAGAAGGCAAAGGUGCAUUCGUCAGAAAAAAGAAAUGAUUCAGAAACCACUCCUCUACAGGAUGGACAAGUUCUUAGUAUUCACUCUGCCAGUGAGUUGGAGACCAAAUUUAAUGCUGCUUCUAGUUUGUCCCGCCUGGUGAUCCUGUACUUCACUGCAAGCUGGUGUGGCCCCUGCCGCUUCAUUUCUCCUCUUUACACAAGCUUAGCAGGGAAGUAUACAAAAAUUGUUUUCUUAAAAGUGGAUAUUGAUGAGCUGAGAGAUGUGGCUGCACAUUGGAAUAUAGGUAGCGUUCCAACUUUCUUCUUCAUAAAAAAUGGUAAAGAGAUUGAUAGGGUAGUAGGGGCAGACAAGAAUGGUCUCGAAAAGAAGAUUGCACUGUAUGCAAGUCAGUCCUGAGGAACAACUGGGUGUCAUCGAUGCACUCACCAUGGUGUUUCUUGCUUGGAGAAAAUCUUUGGGUGGUGUGAAGCAUACUACAUAGCUACAUGUCAUGGUUACUAGUAAAGUUUCUCACAUGAAAAUACACUGCGGACUGAGCAAGUUUUAUUCUCUUGAACUGUAUACUGAGACAUAUGCUUGAAAAUACACCUUUUUGUUACUG